CGGACAGAAUGACACAGACAGCAGCAGAAGCAUCCCGAACAGAAGGAAAACCAGCCAGAAAGAUGUUCCCAGUGUUGAUGUUACUCAUGGCGGCUCUGGUGGCUGCAGAUGAGCCUCUGCUGGAUCUGUCCAUUCCGAUGGAGACUGAAGACGUCUCUGCCUCUGUGAUUCACUGCGAUGCUCGAACUGUGUGUCCAGAUAGAACAACAUGCUGUCGGACUCCAUAUGGCAAAUGGACAUGUUGUCCAUUCCCAAUGGGUCAGUGUUGCAGGGAUGGGAUUCACUGCUGUCGACACGGUUAUCGUUGCAAUUUCGCCUCCACCCGAUGCCUGCGAGGCUGGCUGUCACUGCCAUCGUCCUUCCAGGAGGCCACCAGAACCUUCGAGAAAGAUCAGACCCAGGCUGAGACUGUCCAAUGUGAAGGAAAUUUCUACUGCCCGGCUGAGAAGUUUUGCUGCAAGACUGGAACUGGCCAGUGGGGCUGCUGCAGCGAGUUGGAGUUGUAAGCAAACAACCACUGUUACACUGGUUCACCUCUUACUGAAGACUGUCAAAAUGCAAGAGGCUCCAAACUUCAUUCAUGUUUCAGGCUAUAGUUUACUCUUACUGAAUUAGUGUGAAAUAAAAACUAAAAGAAUUACUGUCAAAAUGCACCGUCAUUUAAUAAAUCUUUGUGAUUAGUGGGAAAA